AUGAUCAACUUUGACGCUGUCAAGACGGAUCUGAUAAAGUUAAUGACAAACUCGCAGGAUUUUUGGCCUGCUGAUUUUGGCCAUUAUGGUGGCCUCUUUAUUCGUCUGGCGUGGCACUGCAAUGGCUCGUACCGCCGUGCUGAUGGCCGUGGUGGCUGUGACGGUGGCCGUAUUCGCUUUAAUCCCGAACGCAGCUGGGAUGACAAUACAAAUCUGGAUAAGGCACUGAGACUGCUGAAACCGAUUAAGGCCAAAUACGGCGACACACUUUCAUGGGGUGAUUUAAUUGUACUGUCGGGUAACGUUGCUAUUCAGAGUAUGGGCGGUCCCAUAUUGGGCUUCUGUGGUGGCCGUCAAGACGACGUUGAUGGCACGAGUAGUCUGGAGCUGGGUCCGACACCCGAGCAGCAGAGUGUGGCACCGUGCUCAAACGAGAGUCAAUGUCAGAAUCCUCUAGGUCCGACGACGCUGGGACUCAUGUACGUGAAUCCCGAAGGUCCGAAGGGUAACUCAGACCCGGUGGGCUCAGCCGCGGAAGUUCGCGGCACGUUUGCACGCAUGGGAAUGGACGAUUCGAGAGACGGUCCCGGUCCGUCCCCGUUAGAAGACCCCGAGUUUCCAUGGCCCGGCACCUGUGGACAAGGCGACAUGAGAGGCAGAGGCAACAACACGUUUACCAGUGGUUUUGAAGUGGGAGAAGGUCAAUAG